AAGGAGGAACGGCAGGCAGGCAGGCAGAGAAGACCGUGGUCAAGAAAUCAUACAGCUUACAGCCAGAAUGGUCAUCCUCAGCUGGAUUGCUCUGGGAUUUUAUCUUCAGCUCCUCUUCUGCCUGGCUCUGUCUCAAACCUCUUUUGUCGACAGCGUCUUCUCCAUUUCAGCAGCCCUCCCUUGUCUGGACCAGAAGAAAUGGAUCAAUAAUAACCGAGGAUGCUCUUUUCUUGCUCUUCCUCCUCCUCCUCCCCCUCCGCCGCCGCCGCCACCACCAUUAUUUCCUCCACUGCACUUCACUCAGGGAUGGGAUUCGAUGUUGUUUUCUCUGGAUCUGAAAAACUUGUGCCAAGAGCUUCAAAUAACCCAGUCUCCAUGUGUAGAAUCUGUGUGUCCUCCAGGACCGCCUGGUCCCCAGGGCCCACACGGUAUUCCUGGUGCAAAAGGACCAAAGGGAGUAAAAGGUGAGAUUGGAAAAUGCGUAAGGAAGGGCAGUCGAGGUCCUCCAGGUGUCCCUGGAAUGCCAGGAUCUAUUGGAUGGCCUGGUCCAAUGGGACUGAAGGGUGAAAAGGGAGAUUUGGGCUUGAUGGGAUUGCCGGGUGUAAGAGGACCAAUGGGCUUCAAGGGUAACCCGGGAGGUGGAGGAGAGAAGGGUGCCCAAGGACAGAAAGGAGUCAAAGGCAGCAAAGGUGAUAAGGGAUACAUAGGUUUCCCUGGAAUGUUGGGGCAAAAGGGAGAAAUGGGUCCAAAGGGGGAACCUGGUGCAUCAGGACACAGAGGACCGACUGGACGGCCAGGGAAACGAGGCAAACAAGGACAAAAAGGAGAUGUAGGACCCCCUGGAAGUACAGGCCCACCAGGUAGGCCUGGUUCUCCUGGAGUAUCGGGUCCACCAGGACAGUUAGUAUCAGGGCAAAUAAUGGGGCCAAAAGGGGAAAAAGGGCUUCCAGGACCUCCAGGGAAAUGUCUCUGCAACUCUCAGCAAAAUAUGAAUGGUCCGCCAUAUGAGGAACCACUGUUUGGAGAGGCCUAUUCCAAAGUACCUGCAAUUUUUGUGGUGAAUAAUCAGGAAGACCUGGACAGAUUAAACACAGAAAAUGCCCUAGCAUUUCGAAGAGAUCAGCGAUCUUUAUAUUUUAAAGAUACUUCUGGAUGGUUUCCAAUCCAGCUAGAGCCUUCCUAUCCACUGGACCAUCUGAUAAGAGAUAGUAACAUCUGUGGAGAUGGCAUCAUCCAAGAUGGAGAAGAAUGUGAUGAUGGCAACACCAUUGUGACUGAUGACUGUAUAAGAUGCCACCGUGCUUAUUGUGGGGAUGGAUAUCGGCAUGAAGGUGCAGAAGAAUGUGAUGGGAAUGAUUUUGGAUACUUAACAUGCAAAACAUAUCUCCCUGGGUCUUAUGGAAAAUUACGCUGCACUUCUUAUUGUUACAUUGACUCUACAGAUUGUCGCUAUUUUACAUGAAAGGUGAGCGGUGAGAGAGGACUAACCCAUAUAUGACAUGCAUGCAUCAGGUGCUACAUUAUCAUCAAACCAAGACUGGGCAAUAGAGAAACAACCAAUGAUGAAACAACCAUUGUCAUGUUGCCAUGGUGAUUGGAGAUAAGUGUUAAUUGCCUGCUCACACUGGAAGAAAAUCGGACCAUUCUGUCCUGUCUUAAUAGAAAACGUUCAGUGAUAGUAACACUCAAUACUUUUCUUUUCCAUGACUGAGUACAGGAAUUUCUUGUGCAUCAAGAAUGAAACCAAACUGAGGGAACACUGUAUUUGACUUCAUACUGUUAGGUUAUUGAAAUACAAUAAUACCUCAAUUUAGCACUGUUAGUUCUACAAAUAAGCUCUUCAGGUUUUCUUAACAAGACUUUUCCAGGAUAAAUGCAAAGCAUAUUCUGUUGGCAGUGUUUAUAAGGACUGUUUCGGUUUUUUAAAGAAUUAUUAUUACAAUGUGAACUUUGUAUAUGCGUUAGCUGCAUGAAUUAUGUGAAAAACUCAUAGUUUAUGUUUGUUGAUUUGGCCAAUUUAAGCCCAAUGCCCUCUUACGUGGUAUUAAAUCUCACCGAACUCAUUCUGACUUAAGUUCUGAGUAGAUGUGCCCAGGUAAGAGUCAACAGGAAAUAGACUCUUUUUUAGUUUUUUUAAAAAUAUUAAAAUAACAGAGAUGCGGUGAGAUUAAAUUAUACUUCUUGACAGUAGUUUAAAUGGGACAAUCAGAAGGGAACCAUUUUUACUGGUUAACAACACCAGUGAAAUGGAUAGAUACAGUUCAGAAUCCUAGGAAUAGGGUCAGCUUCUGAGGCAGAGAGAGACAACACCUUGAACUCAUAUUUCCAUCAGCCCUAGCCAGCAUGGCCAAUAGAUGGGGAAUGAUGGAACCUGCAGUUCAGCAACUUCUGGAAGGCUGCAUCACAUGAUGUUUAAAAACUAAGGACUCCCAUGCAAGUUUAUCCAGAUGCCAGUUCCGUGUCCAGUGGGACUAACAUUCAGGAAACUCGGGUUAGGGUUGUAGCCAGAUUUUCAUACAGGAGUGCAACUCCAGGACAAUGUCUCAGCUGAAGCAAGUGCUUGAAUACACACUUCUAUGCAUUGCAUUCAUGAAAAGAUUUGGAAAUAAUAAUAUCCUAAAUGAAUUCAUCGGAAGUCUGUACUGUUAAAUUUACCACUGCACGGAAGGUUGCAUUUGGAAAGUUGAGUUGCAUUACUGAUAUUUGCUGAGAAACUUGCAAUUACAAACUUUAAUUCCAGCUUAUUUGCCAGGACAUGGUAACUGAUAGUUUCUUACAUACAAGUCACUCACUUCUAUUGAUUUCCAGUCUGAUAAUUGCUUUCCAGUCUCAACUUUGUAUAACAUUCAGUAUAGUUGUGUAUAUAUUCCUAUUUGUAUAGCUUAUGAGAAUAAUGCCCCAUAGGGUAUUAUUCAGACUAAAUGCUGUAUAGAUUUUAUAUGUAUAUAAAUGGCUUUUCUUUUUUCCCCCUUUUUUCUGUUUUCUAGAAAAAAUUAUAAGCAUUCAGGAUAGUAUUUACUUUAUAGCAAAUAUUAAAAAGACUUCCUAAUUAUUUUUCCAUUAAAAAAAAUGUAUUGGGAGUAUGCUAAGUAAUAUACAAAUGGAAACUUUAAACGUAGGUAGAUUUAUUGUUCAUUUAGUGAAAUAUCAGUUCAGAUUAAAAGUAUUAAGACAGGCCAGUCUUUUCCUGCUAUUGAUCCAAAAUGUACAUUUGAAAUGCAUGAAACCUGUAAAACAUUGGUUAUUGUUAUAUUCUGCUUUUUCUGUAGAUAAUACCGAGGAUGGCACACAAUUAUAAUAAAAUUAAAUUUAAACUAACAACUAUUCAUCCUUUUUACCAUAGAUAUGUAAAUUAUUUCAAUUCUGCAUGUGUAUAGUAAUGUGAAAAUAUAUAUUUUUAAAU